GGAGGGGGAAGGAGAGGCAGCAGCAUCGAGGGGGGGCUGAGGCCCUUUUUGUGCCUUCUACGCCUCAAGUCGAUGAGUUGACUGAGCGGCAUUCUCGCGUCUGUCCUUCCUGAGGUACGCCGGACAGGGAGAGAGAAGGCGAAUUUGCCAUCGGUGCCGCCCUCAUGUGCUUUGUGUGUUUGUGCGUCAGGGAGGGACCCUGAGCAUCGCUUAAUUAGCCGCCGCCUCAGAGAAGGCAUUGGAGUUCUCAUCGCAGCGGACGGCAGAGAGACCAGCCGCUGAGUCAGAUCUACAGCUAGCCAUGGAGGAGGACGGUAGACAGGUGAGGCGCAUCACAGCACCGCCUCCAAUGGAUGGCGCCUGUCAUCUGAGGGGAUGGCUGUGUGUGUUGGGUGUGUGGGUGCAGGUCAAGAGGUCUCGUAGCGACGCACCGGCAGCGUCUUCAUCGGCUGCUGCUGCGUCUGGUGGUGGCGGUGGUGGCGACAGUGAGAGUGGCGAGGAGCGACAGCGUCGGGCUGAGAGGGAAAGAGACUUGUGCGACCAGAUCAGCGGCACGGUGAGGCAGCCACACGCACUAAAGGCGAUUCCGGCUGUAUCUGUGAUGGCCGUGUGCUUCAGGAGGGGCUUCUUAGCUACAUGAUGGCCUUCCUGCCCAUCAACCUGAUGGUGCAGCUGGCCAAGUCCAUCUGGCAGCACGCCGCACCCGAGCUCUCGGACGUCACCAUCAGCUCGGCAACCAAGGAGGAGCGGUCCUUUUGGCAGCACGUCCAUCUCGCCUUCGUCGCCCAGCUGGCCGCCCGACUCACCCACCUCACGUCCAUCACCCUCCGCUACCCCCUCGGCGCUGCUCGCUGGUGUUUGGACGUGCUUGUGGCCAUUGCAGAGGGCCACAUUGCCGGCCGACGCGCAGCCAACAUGCAAGGAGGGACACUGCACACCCUCACCAUCCAAGGGGGGGUUCAGCUGAGCGGCGCGGCGAGGCAGACCCUCUCGAGGACUCGUCCUCCCCUCCCAGCCCCUCUCGACCCGCCCCCCACCCUCCACGCACUCGAGACCAUUGCUGGCCUGACCGACGGCCAUCAGGGGCUGGCCAACCAACGCUGGCUGAUGCCCUCACUCGCCACUGUGCGGCAGUGGGGAUGGGGUGCCGGCAGAUUGGGCCAGUUCAUCAGCUCGUCCCGCUCCCUGCGGCGUGUGGAGGGGACGUUUAGGGGUGAGGACUGGGCGGGUGUGUUUGACCGGGUCCCUGUGGCACCUGCUGGGCAGCAGGGGGGGCCACUCGCGCAGCUGGAGAGCAUCGGCACCAUCGUGGUCGAUGACAAUGACGCGGCGGGCAUCCAUCGGCUUCAGGUGAGACAAAGCACAGCACAGCGGCGCGUAUGGGUUGGCUCAUGAUGUCCUUCCUGUAUGUGUGUGUUGUUGCCUUCAGGCUGUGCUCGUUGCGCGGGGCUGUCGAUGGUCGCUGAAGCAGCUGCACGUGCGCUUUGGUGGUUCCUUCUACCCCAUCGGCCGCCGCACCCUGCCCGUGCUGCUGGCCCUCGACCGGCUGAUCGGCGCAUGCUGCCGACAGGACGCCCAACUCACACUCACCACCGCCCGUUUGGAGUUCGACCUCUCCAUCUUCUACCACCCCCACUUCCCCACCCGCCCCUCACCCUCAUUCAAGACCAUGAUCCAACAGCUGGCCCAGCAGGCCACGAGUGUGUACUACAUCUUCACCCAAGACGGCCUCACCGACCCGCACGCCAACCCCAGCCAAGCGGCCAUCGACAUUGCAUCCAGCCUCUCAUUCGACGAGGCCACGAAUGUGGAGGUCCUGAAUGCCGACGACUUCCAUCCCCCGGCCAAUAUUCCCUCCCCCCACCCCACCAUCAUCACCCACCUACAGCCCUUCUCAACCCAGGCCACACGGCUGUGCGUCGCGAGCGGAUUGGGUGGUGCUGCUGGCGAGCUGCUGGCCGGCAAGAUGCCCAAGGAGGUGCGGGUGGUGGACGUCGAAAGGGGGUUGGGUGGUGAGGAGAAGGUGGGCGUUUUGGCGGCGCUGGAGAGGGAGAGGGAGGUGGAUACGGUGGUGAUGGGGGCGGUCUGGGUCGACCAGCUGGUGGAGGCGGCCGGCAGAUUGCCGACGAUCAGGAUGCUAGACUCCAAGCUGCCAGGUAUGCCGAGAGAAGAGGGCAGUGUGUCCUUCCCUCCGUCCUCAUUGUUGCCUUGUGUGUGUUCCCUUCCCUUCAGUGGCCGACGAUGUGGAGGAUGCGAGCAGCCUCGUCCGCGCCCGCCUCUCGUCGGUGAUCCCGCACAUCAGGGGCCUGCAGCGCGUGCAUCUGAAGAUCUGCAAUACCGACGAUGAGCAGGGUGCUUCCAUCCGCGCCUUCCUCCCUGUCGGCAUCAACAUCGAUGCCUUCAGCGUCCGAGGCAUCGGUGGGUCGGUCGACGCCACAUGGACGACAGUUACUGCAGUUCGCAAUCCCUGAAGUGAGGGGACGGCACUCAAUUCUCCAGACGGGCUAAUUCUCUGACCUCUGUGUGUGUGUUGGUGGUGGUGUCUGUCAGGCCGGCUAUUGUGUGUGGUGGAUCAUUGGUAGCAGACCGGCAGUGCGGCUAUUCUUAGCCGACGCAUUCAGUCGCUGCCUAGCAUAGCUGCGGGCUGUCUGUGUCUGUGUGUGUGAUGACUGACUGGGUAGUGUACAGAUUGACAGACGGACGGGGGCUGCAUGAUGCUGGCGCGGGAGUGAGCACAUCACACACACACACACUCACACACACGCGCACACACACACUACUGUCGUGUGUUGUGGUGCUGGAUGACGCACAGACGGUGCUGCAUCGACUGACUGACUCACUCACUCACCCACUUGUCUGUUUGUCUGUCUGUCUGUUUGCCUGCCUCCUGGCCUGCCUGUUUGUAUCGAUCGCUUCUUGCUGCUGUCUGGCCCCUUCCUCUCCUGCCUCCCUCAGUUCCCCUCACCCAUUGGUCGGGAUGAGAGGACGGACAGCACAGAGGCGAGAUGGGCGAGCCCAAGAUGGUAUGUGUGUGGAUGCAUUCGAAUUGAUACGACUGCGUGCCGUGGUGUCAAUGUCUGUGUGUGUGUCGAUCAAGAAGGAAGCUCAAGUCGGCCAUUCGCACACCACCAAAAGACAUUAUUGAGUCCAUUGCACUAACGCGCAAACAGCGCC